AUGGAUCCAAAUAAUUUGCCAGCAGGAUGGACAUCUCAUUAUGAUCCAAAUAGCAAAAACUAUUAUUAUAUCAAUCAGGCGACAGGAGUUUCUCAAUGGCAACAUCCCGGACAACAGGAUUCAUAUCCUAUGCCAAGUCCUCAAACACCGCAACUCCAUAGACAGGAUUCAUAUCCUAUGCCGAGUUCUCAAACGCCACAGCAGCCGCAACAACCACAACAACCAACCUACAAUGCACCACCACCUCAAUAUAAUCAAUCACAACCGGUAAAUUAUGGACAAGCACCACAAACAUAUAGUUAUCCUGGGCAAUACCAACCACCCUCUAGCGGGCAAUAUCAAGCACCACCGAGUGGGCAAUACCAACCACCGCCGGGUGGGCAAUACCAACCACCGCCGAGUGGGCAAUACCAACCACCGCCGAGUGGGCAAUACCAACCACCACCGAGUGGGCAAUACCAACCACCACCGAGUGGGCAAUACCAACCGCCACCGAGUGGGCAAUACCAACCGCCACCUAGCGGACAAUAUCAGCCACCACCACCUGGACAAUAUCAACCACCGCUCACAGGACAAUACCAGUCACCGCCUACAAGUCAAGGCGACAAAGGCGACAAAAAGGGUCUGUUUGAUAAGGUUGAUGCUUCAAAGUUAGCAUUAGGAGUUGGAGGCAUGUGA